GCGAUAUAUUGUGUUCCUGUUUUUUUUCUUCAUUUGUUUAGAAUAUCCGAGAUAAAUCUAUUUGCUGGACUACACAUCGGAGCAUUAUUUCUGGUUGCUCUUUCGACUGGAUGGUUACAACCAAAGAUUCACAGAGGUGUCAGCAGUUUACUGCUUGGAAUUUACCCGAUUUGGAUCAUAUGGCACUUAUACAGCGAGAGCAAAAUCCCGCCUUUACUGCUGCUGUUACUUUUCCUGGACAACCUAAUCCCGAUCUUUGUUGUCCGAACUCAGGCCAACCGAACGCAGUUGGUGGAUCUUUCAAAGCCGUACCUCCAUACUGGAAUAACACCUUAUAUCCUAGUGGGGACCAUUGUGUUAAAGAUUCCCAAACUGCCCCUCAGAAAAGGUUUCUCAUUUUUGAUCGGUCUGGAAAUCAAACAAGACUGUUCUUUAGUCCUUCAUUUCCCCCAAAGGAUCAAAUCAUCAAUGAAUCUCGAUUAGAUCGCCAAUUCUUGGUGAAGCCAGAAAAAUUGGACGAGAGUCAUUUGAAUGAUGAUGGAGAAGGUGAUAUGCUUGAAGAUAGUGAAGAAAUCAAUGCUUUGCUCUACUCCGAUAGCGAUUAUGAUGAUGAUGAUUAUGAUGAUGAUGGGAAUGAUGAAGCAACUAGCACGAGGGACUCUGCAUUAAUUAGCAAUAAUAAUAUUUAUAAAGAGGGUUCUUUUGAUAAAGGCAAAUUACUCGAGGAACUCGUGGAAGAAGUGGCUAGUUCUGACGAAUCACCAAAAAGGCAAAGAUUGAUUAAUGGUGGGUACAAGAAAUCGUCAUAUAAUGAUGAUGAUGAUGCGGAAUCGAGUUACGCCGGACCUAGAAACUCCGGGGGUAAGAGAGAGAAGAAGGGUAUCAAAGUCAUGGAAGCAUUGAAGAUCCUUGAGAGUAUAAUCCCUGGAUUAGAGAGCAAAGAUCCCCUCUCGAUAAUCGAAAAAGCUAUUGGUUAUUUAGAAUCGAUGAAAAAUGAAGCGGAAGCUCUCGGAGUUGGCUACACCACCACCGAGUGCGUUCCGUCGGCCGGUUUAACUUAAAAACGGUUGGUUGGAGGGGUGGGACCCGGUUGGUUCACUGGGGCCAACGGGUAGUGACAGAUGCUAUUAAGUGUGUGUUUGAAUAAAGAUUGUUGAUGGGAUUUGAAAGUGCAGUAAGGUGGGGGUUUCUUCUUUUCCUUUUUUCUUUUAAUUAAUGAAGCUUUAGGUAGCUUUUUGGCUACGAAACGGGCGAAUGGGAGACGAGGUUAAUGGGGGGGAUGAGAAAUCUUUCUUUUACUCUCGAGGUGGUGAAGAAAAUUUGGGCCUAUAAUUGUUGACUUGAAAUGAUUAUUUCUUAAGCUUUUUUAUGGAGGGGGUGGAUUAAAAAGUUAAGUAUGGAGGUAGUGGUGUUUUGCUUUGCUUUGCUUUGCUGUAAAUGAGGGGAGAAAAAAAGAAGCCCCUUUUUGCUCCGGGGAUUGUUGAGAAAAUCGCCUUUGAAUGAGAGCACGCGUUUGGUGAUUAUGGGUCCCACUCUCUCUCUCUCUCUCUCUCUCUCUCUCUCCAUUCUUGAUUUUAAAAAUGAUUUCUUUUUCUUCUUUGAAAAAAGUUCUUGAAUUUGGCCUUUCAUCAAUUGAGUGAAGCAAGAAGAUAUAUUGGUUGGUUGGGUGGGUGGGGGUGGGGUUGGGGGGUGGGGGGUGAGGGACCCCUUUUGCUGCAAGAUUCAAUCAUGAAUUGGUUUACACCAAUUUAUCAUCAGCUGCUGGUUUUUUUUUUAAUUCUGCUGUAAAAUGUUGUGUUUGUUUGGGAGUGUUUCAGGUUUGUACUUUGGUGUAUUUUCUAAUUCCAAGUGUUUUUGAGGUGGUUUGGUUUUGUAAUAAAUUGUACUGCUGUUACUAUUAUUGUUGUGAUUGUAAUGAGAUUCUACUUUGUUUGAUUAUUACUGUUGGUACU